CGCGAGACGCGGCACGGGCUCUCUCGCUCACGCCGGCCGGCCGGGAGCGGACGGCCCGAUCGAUCCCAUCCAGGUCGUCGGCGUCGGCGUCGUCGUCGUCGCCUCCAGAAGCACGAGCCCAGCAUAGCACGGCCGCAGAAUAUUCCACGUCCCUUCCCCUCAUCCUCCCCAGGCCCAGCAGCAAUAAAAAAGCAAGCCAUUCCCCUCCUCUUCCUCCGAUUAAUCAAACCGCGCGGCGGCGGCGGCGAGCGUGCGACCUGCGACCACCAGACGACCCAACCGACCCACUGACCCACACCACACCACCGGGGAGCUCUCCCUUUUACGUCAAUCAAUCGAAACCCAGUUAAAGAACCUCUUAAUUGCCCGCCAGGAGAUCCGCCAGGCUUAUCUUCGCCGUCUCCUCCGACCUCGCCUCCACCCCCCCUCGCCCCGCGGCUUCUGGGUUCCUUGGCGCCAAAAUCCCCGCUUCCGAUCCCAGGCCUUCAGGAAUCAGGGGGCCUUUCAUUCAGCGAUUCCUGCUAUUGUCAGUUCGGCAUGGGGGGCUGUGUGGGCAAGGGUCGUGGCAUUGUGGAAGAAAAGCUUGAUUUCAAAGGUGGAAAUGUGCAUGUCAUAACAACCAAAGAGGACUGGGACCAGAAGAUUGAAGAAGCAAACAAGGAUGGGAAAAUUGUUGUAGCAAACUUCAGUGCUUCGUGGUGUGGGCCAUGCCGUGUCAUUGCACCUGUUUAUGCUGAGAUGUCCAAGACUUAUCCUCAACUCAUGUUCUUGACAAUUGAUGUUGAUGACCUAAUGGAUUUCAGCUCAACAUGGGACAUCCGCGCAACCCCGACGUUCUUCUUCCUCAAAAACGGCCAGCAGAUCGACAAGCUCGUCGGCGCCAACAAACCCGAGCUGGAGAAGAAAGUGCAAGCUCUUGGUGAUGGCAGUUGAACCGUGCUGCAGAGUUAGAACAGAGCCAGCUUGCCAUGGCUUAUAUAUCUGUACCGCCAUGCUCGUGUGUCUUGUGUGUUGCAUGAUAGUUUCCUGGUGUACAGUUUCCGUGUCUUUUCCGUCUAGACGAUAUUUUACAAUUUUGCGACACCGCAUAUGCAUAUGCUGUGAAACUGUAAGAUGACCAUGUGCUGGUAAGAUGCUAGUUUUGUGA